AAAAGUGAAAGUUUAGAAAAGUCGAAAUUCUAAAUUAUUUUUUUUAGAAAUAAAUAAUGUAUAAUUGUUAAAUAUACUAUGAUAAAAGGUCAACUAUGGGUCGAUUACUAUAAGACGGAAAGACCUAUUACUCGACCAAGAACCGGCCGCUUCUAAAAAUUUGAAAACACAACCUUAUCCGAAACCGUCCCAAACGGGUCGAUUCUGAUUAUAAAUCUAGCUAUACGGGUUGGUGCCUUUCCUAUUGACAUCCCUGCAGAGUACUCGUUCUGAAUUUAGCGAAUAUUACCCACCCGCUAUCAAACAAGAGGGAAAUGGGUACCAAACGGAUCUUUACCCGCAUAGACGUACGAGUACGGUUUUUAUGAAUUUUCAGCCCGCCCAUUGUCAUCUCUAAUGCAAAACGAGAAAAAAAAAAUAGUUUAAAAGGUAAAGCUCCAAACAUGCCACAGAAGGGGCAACAUGACUUUUUUUUUUUUUCUUUGUAAAAUACAUAAUUGACCUCUUCUAAAUAUAACUUCAAUUGAGGAUUUUAGAAGAAGACUUUAAUUAUUUAAUAGCUAGAUAGCAUCGAUGACUAAGAAAAGGCCUCCUAACAAAGCGCUUCGUGCUGGCAUGUUUGGUUCUCUCAUAAUUCACAACACUUAAUUUGGCAAUAUCUCCAUUUUUUGGCAUUUCAUCCAUUUUCAAACAAUCUCCCCUCACCUUUCCUUCUUCCACCCCCUCCCAUUCUCUCUCUCUCUCUCUCUCUCUCUCUCUCUCUCUCUCUCUCUCUCUCUCUCUCUCUCUCUCUCUCUAUCUGCAACCUCUCCCUCCUCUCUUUCUCUCUCUACCCUUUUCUGCAACACCCCCCUCCCAACCAACUCUCUCCCCUCUGAUGGGAGAUCAUUCAAAGUCACCAACAUCGAAUUUCUACGGCAUUCUCGGUAUUCAAAAGACCGCAUCCCUCUCCGAUGUCUGCAAAGCAUACAAAUCCCUUGUCAUGAAAUGGCACCCCGACCGGAAUCCCUCCAACAAAGCCGAAGCCCAAGACAAGUUCACUUCCAUCAACGAAGCCUAUAGGGCUCUUAGCAUCAAGAAGAGGGAAGAAGAUAAUGCAUGCAAUGGAGAUCACGAAACGAAAACACCCAAGAAGAAGAAGAAAGAAGAAAAAAAUGACGAUAAUGAAAUAGAAAUGCAAAUUUCGAAACCGAUACUCAUUUCACGUACCACAAGCCGAACGAGCCCACUUCCAAGCCCGACUUUCUCAAGCAGUUCGAGCCGUAGAAGCACAACCCCCAUACCUAUGGAUUUCUACACAUCGUUUCCGGUGACUUCUUCGGGAGGAAACACACCGACGACUCCAAGCACACCCAAAGACCCUGCUUCUCUCUCUAAAGUAGGAAGCCGAAGAUCCACAACCCCUAUUUUCUUUUCGCAGUCUGCAGUUCGGAUAUUCUUGAAUGACAGGUUAAUUGUUGAAGAAGAAGAGAUACUUAUGAUCAAAAUAAAGCCCGGAUGGAAAAAAGGGACGAAGAUCACAUUUGAAGGGAAGGGAGACGAGAGACCAGGUACACUACCAGCUGAUAUAAUAUUUUCCAUUGACGAGAAACGGCACCCGUUGUUCAAACGAGAAGGGGACGAUUUAGAGCUGGGAGUUGAGGUACCUCUGGUCCAAGCUCUCACAGGAUGCACAGUACCUGUGCCACUAUUAGGAGGAGGGCAAAUAACACUGUCGAUAGAGGAUAUUAUAUAUCCAGGGUACGAGAAGAUCAUACCUGGACAAGGUAUGCCCGUUUCGAAAGAAGGCAAGAGAGGAGACCUUAGACUCAAGUUCCUGGUCGAGUUUCCUGCUGAGUUGAGCGACGAACAACGCUCUGAAGUAGUUAGCAUUUUAGAAGGAUGUUCUUGAAGAUUUCGGGUUUUUGCAGUUUUCUUCUGUUUUCUCCUUUUUUUUGUCAGACUUGUUGCAUUGAAAGGGAGAAAUUCGGACUGGGCGGCAGACCAUGUAGAUGAUGAUGCCUUUUUAGUUUUAGGUGAGUAGACUUUGUAUACUGGUGUAUAUACAUGCGUCUCUUGUUGAAGAAAAAUGUAAAACUUGCUUCUAAAUUCAUCAAAGAUGGACAAUUUGCUAUACAACAAAACGAUAGUUCCACAAGACUAA